AUGUUCCCCUCUGCUGUCCCCCUCUGCUGUUCCCCUCUGCUGUUCCCCUCUGCUGUCCCCCUCUGCUGUCCCCCUCUGCUGUCCCCCUCUGCUGUCCCCCUCUGCUGUCCCCCUCUGCUGUCCCCCUCUGCUGUCCCCCUCUGCUGUCCCCCUCUGCUGUCCCACUCUGCUGUCCCCCUCUGCUGUUCCCCUCUGCUGUUCCCCUCUGCUGUCCCCCUCUGCUGUCCCCCUCUGCUGUCCCCCUCUGCUGUCCCCCUCUGCUGUCCUACUCUGCUGUCCCCCUCUGCUGUCCCCCUCUGCUGUCCCCCUCUGCUGUCCUACUCUGCUGUCCCCCUCUGCUGUCCCCCUCUGCUGUUCCCCUCUGCUGUUCCCCUCUGCUGUUCCCCUCUGCUGUCCUACUCUGCUGUCCCCCUCUGCUGUUCCCCUCUGCUGUUCCCCUCUGCUGUCCUAUUCUGCUGGUCCCCUCUGCUGUGGUUAUACUGA